AACUUUGUUUAAAAAAUCACAAAUCCGCCACCGUUGAAGAUACACUGCGAAGCGGUUGAUACAAGCAGCCUUUCGGAGAUUCCAAGAGUCUCUCCCCUGAACAUCUCCUCACUUUCUUGACCCGCUCAAAACGAUUUCUGUCUCGUAUUCUUUCAGAUAUCAAAGAAGACCUGAGAAGAGGGAGAUUGGCAAAUGGCGAUUUCUAACUGCGCUUCAUCGUCGGCACCGUCAAAUAUAUCAUCGGUAGCUUUUCGGCAUCAUAAGAGCUUAGCAUCCGUUCCUUCGAUCUUUUCAAGGAAGUUCGCCCCCUGCGAUGUUUUUUUGCUUUCUAAGCGCAGCCCAUCACUCGAUUCCAUAAGUUGUGUAGCAUCUCCAUUGGCUCCGGCGGGAAAUGAAACCACAUCAAAGAAGCCCAGAGAAAGGGUGUCAUUGGUUUUCCCCCCUGAGAAGGAUCUUAAAGAUGCUCCUACCUUCCAUAAUAAGAACAACAUCACAGACAGUUCAACUGUCAGUAUAACUGUCGUGGGAGCGUCUGGAGACCUUGCUAAGAAGAAGAUAUUUCCUGCCCUUUUUGCUCUCUAUUAUGAAGAUUGUCUCCCUGAGCACUUCACCAUAUUUGGAUAUGCCCGAAGCAAGAUGACUGACGAAGAACUUAGGACCAUGGUUAGCAAAACUCUUACUUGCAGGAUUGAUAAAAGGGAAAACUGCGGUGAAAAGAUGGAACAGUUCCUAAAAAGAUGCUUUUAUCACAGUGGGAUGUAUGAUUCUCAGGAAAAUUUUGCAGAGCUUGAUAGAAAGCUCAAAGAACAUGAGGCAGGGAAACUCUCCAAUCGCCUCUUUUAUUUGUCAAUACCGCCAAACAUAUUCAUAGAUGCCGUACGAUGUGCAAGUCUCUCUGCAUCAUCUUCUCAAGGAUGGACAAGAGUCAUUGUAGAGAAGCCCUUUGGGCGUGAUUCUGAAUCGUCUUCUUCUUUAACACGUUCUCUUAAGAAAUACUUGAAGGAAGACCAAAUCUUUAGGAUAGACCAUUAUCUUGGGAAAGAGCUCGUGGAGAAUCUUUCUGUCCUCCGCUUCUCUAAUCUUAUUUUUGAACCAUUGUGGUCAAGGCAAUACAUAAGGAAUGUACAGUUCUUAUUCUCUGAAGAUUUUGGCACUGAAGGGCGUGGAGGUUACUUCGACAAUUAUGGGAUUAUCAGAGACAUUAUGCAAAACCAUCUUCUUCAAAUCCUUGCACUCUUUGCAAUGGAAACUCCUGUCAGUUUGGAUGCAGAAGAUAUUAGGAAUGAAAAGGUAAAAGUGUUGCGUUCAAUGAGGCCUUUACAACUUGACAAUGUGGUAAUAGGGCAAUACAAGGGACAUACAAAGGGAGGAGUUGCUUACCCCGGAUACACUGAUGACAAGACUGUCCCCAAGGAUAGCCUAACUCCAACAUUCGCUGCUGCUGCUAUUUUUAUUGACAAUUCGAGAUGGGAUGGUGUUCCCUUUUUAAUGAAAGCCGGGAAGGCUUUACACACUAGAAGUGCCGAGAUACGAGUGCAAUUUAGGCACGUGCCUGGAAAUUUGUAUAACAAAAACUUUGGUUCUGACUUGGACCGAGCAACAAAUGAGCUUGUUAUCCGUGUGCAGCCAGACGAAGCUAUUUAUUUGAAGAUCAACAACAAGGUCCCUGGUCUGGGAAUGAAGUUGGACUGCAGUAAUCUUAAUCUUUUAUAUUCCACCAGGUACUCUAAGGAGAUUCCUGAUGCAUAUGAAAGACUUCUUCUUGAUGCUAUAGAGGGAGAAAGGAGACUAUUCAUUCGAAGCGAUGAACUUGAUGCGGCUUGGUCUCUUUUCACUCCGGUACUGAAGGAGCUCGAGGAGAAGAAAAUAGUUCCCGAGUACUACCCGUAUGGGAGCCGUGGGCCGAUUGGAGCCCACUAUCUUGCAGCCCGUUACAAUGUGAGAUGGGGUGAUCUUGGGGCGGACCAAUAAAAUUCUUGGUAUGAAGAUGGGAUAAUAGUUUAGUGGGAAACUAUAGAAUCUAGAGACCCCAAACUUCGAUUUUUGGGUUACAAGGUUUCCAUUUUUGCAACCUUGAGCUAUUCUUUGCCUUUUCUUCCAAGUGUGGGUCCUGCAAAUUUGGUUUCCUGAGAUGGCGCCACACAUUCAUUCUCUUCAGUUGUUAGGUCAAGAAGUGUCAUCUUUCUAAGAGAAAUUUUACAUAUAAAUAUUUAUUUAAUUACCAAUAAGCAAUGCAAAGUGUGGGUUAAGGAACGCAGUGUAGCACUGUAGCAUGUGCAUGUGAUUUUUUUAUUUUUAUAGUGAUGUAAUGAUGUAAUCUUAUGUCUGCGUUCAGCAAAGUUUGUUGUUGUACUUAUUUUUAGUUCAAUCUUCAAAGAAUAAAUAAAUAAAUAAUUAGCGGAGGAGAUAUGAAAACUGAAAAGUGGUUAUCAU